CCAUCUCUCCCUCUUCCUCCAUCUCGAGAGCCUGCGCAGUCUUCGAGAAAUACCGCUAUUAAUCACCAUCAUCACCAUCAUCGUAUUAUUACACCAUAUCAAAUCACAAUGAAGUUCUUACAGACCUCUCUUAUCGCGGCCUUGCCAGCCGCCCUCGUCAGCGGUCGCUUCGUAGUGGAGAACGAAGGUGACAAUGUUGUGCUCGAUGAGCCGGCCAAGUAUCUCAUCGAACUGAGCCCUGGAAAGACGCAGUGGGUGACUGAAGAGGACAAGUGGGAUCUUAGACGUAACGGCCAAAACUUCAUGGAUAUCACCGAGACACAAGAGCUGGGCACUCUCCGAGCCAAGGCCCAGGCUUCCGUCGAAUUUCCCCAGAAGUGUGUGAAGCAGAAGGAGGUUGGCAAGCUGGCUAGUCAUCUGACCAAGGACGAGAUGCGCAAGAAUCUCGAGAAGCUGACGAGCUUCCACACCCGAUACUACAAGUCCGAUUACGGCCGACAGUCAUCUGAAUGGGUCUUGGAGAGGGUCAACCAGAUCAUCAAGGAUGCUGGCGCUGAUGAUACUGUUACUGCCAAGCACUUCGCCCACUCAUGGCCGCAGAGUUCGGUCAUUGCGAGAAUCCCUGGCAAGACCAACACCACUGUCGUCAUUGGUGCACACCAGGAUUCCAUCAACCUGUGGCUGCCCUCAAUUCUGGGUGCUCCUGGUGCCGACGAUGAUGGCAGCGGCACGGUUACCAUCAUGGAAGUCUUCCGUACGUUGCUUGGAGCCAAGGACGUUGUCGGUGGCUCUGCACAAAACACUGUGGAAUUCCACUGGUACAGUGCUGAGGAGGGCGGUCUGCUGGGCAGCCAAGCCAUUUUCCAGUCGUACGAGAAGGAGGGCCGCGACGUCAAGGCCAUGCUCCAGCAGGAUAUGACUGGCUUCGUCCAGGGAACUGAGGAUGCUGGCAAGCCGGAGAGCGUUGGUGUCAUCACCGAUUUUGUUCACCCAGGCCUCACUGCCUUCAUCAAGAAGGUUAUCGAGGAGUACUGCAGCAUUCCCUGGGUGGAGACCAAGUGCGGCUAUGCUUGCUCUGACCACGCCUCUGCGUCAAAGGCUGGUUACCCUUCGGCCUUUGUUAUCGAGUCAGCAUUUGAGAACUCGGACCAGCACAUCCACAGCACCGAUGAUCUCAUCAAGUAUCUGUCAUUCGACCACAUGCUUGAGCACGCCAAGAUGACUCUGGGCUUGGUAUACGAGCUCGCAUACCACGACUUUUCUUCAACAGCGGCUGAGGAGCCUUCAGAAUUGUAAAUAGUGUGAUACUACAUAACCAAUUGUCGAUGCCAGAAUGGUGGAGAUUACUGCCUACUGAGCAUUGCUAAGAAUAAUAAUUAUUAUACAAAACAAUUCGCCUUGU